UUAAUUUUUAUUUUUUUUUAACCAUUUUUCUAAACAAUUCGUUUCUUAUUCGACUUUUUUCCAUUAUAUAUAAGUGCGAAGUUGGUCACCGAAACGACGAUCGAUUUGAUUGAUACUUGCAUCACGUCAUAUUGUACAAAGGAUAUCAAGAAAAAUCGAAGAAAUCUUCUCCGUUGAGUGAAAACAAGCUCAGCAAUACGAAAGAUGCAAUUCAUUGAAUGCAAUGAAUUUUAAUCAAUAGGAUUUCAAAGGAUCUGCAAGUAACGAGAGAUUGCAAGGAAUGUAUCUUAUCAUUCGCGACUCGAAAGGAUACCGGCUAUGUGGAUCCUUUGGGUAUUGAUUACUCUUUUCCAACUUGUAAUCCUAUUGAUGUUGUCUGGUAUCCUGUUUUCCGUCGCUGCCAUUUCACGUUUAAUGGAAAUAAUAAUUAUCCUGGUAAAUCCUACCGCUGUAUUUCUACUGCGACAAUCCGCGAAUUUAAUCAUUUUUUUAACAAUCCUGACUGCAAAGAUGACGUGCUCAGUGUAUCACAAACUCCACGAACUUGUUAAAUGCGAUCAGGAGGAAGCAAUAAAAACCAUUGCUAUUCCUUCGCAAGAACCAUUGCAAGCAUUGAAGCAAAAAGUUGCCCCUUUGCAAAUUAAUUUGCGAGCUCCUUUCGUGCCAUAUAAGAGAAGCGUCCUUGAAGAAAUAACAAUAUAUCCAUUCAUGGAAAAUGAAUCUAUUGCUGGUCCAUCAAUAGGUCCAUCAAUAGGAUGCAAGAAAAUCAUCGAACCUUUGCAAGAUCACUCGCAUGAUAAUAAUAUGGAGAAAUUCACAGAAUGCAAGAAUACUGGUGAUGAUGAUUGA